CACAAGAAAGAAACCAUAUAAAUGUGAACUAUGUGAUGCAAGUUUUUCGCAGUUACGUUACAUAAAAGCCCAUAUGAGAACCCACACGGGAGAGAAACCAUAUAAAUGUGAACUGUGUGACGCAAGAUUUUCACUGAUAGGUAAAAUGAAAUUCCACAUGAGAACACACACAGGUGAGAAACCGCAUAAAUGUGAACUGUGUGAUGCACGCUUUUCACGGAUAGAUAGCAUGAAAAUCCACAUGAGAACCCACACGGGAGAAAAACCAUAUACAUGUGAACUGUGUGAUGCAAGUUUUUCACGGAUAGGUAACAUGAAAACCCAUAUGAGAACACACACAGGUGAGAAACCGCAUAAAUGUGAAAUGUGUGAUGCACGCUUUUCACGGAUAGAUACCAUGAAAAUCCACACGAGAACUCACACAGGAGAGAAAUUGUAUAAAUGUGAACUUUGUGAUGCAAGUUUUUUGCAGUUAGGUGAUGUGAAAAUCCACUUGAGAACACACACGGGAGAAAAACCAUAUAAAUGUGAACUGUGUGAUGCACGCUUUUCACGGAUAAGUAGCGUGAAAUCCCACAUGAGAACUCACACAGGAGAGAAAUUGUAUAAAUGUGAACUUUGUGAUGCAAGUUUUUCAGACAAAUAUUACGUGAAAAUCCACUUGAGAACACACACGGGAGAGAAACCAUAUAAAUGUGAACUGUGUGACGCAAGAUUUUCGCAGUUAGGUCAUGUGAAAAUCCACUUGAGAACACACACGGGAGAGAAACCAUAUAAAUGUGAAUCUUUCUCCUUCCUGCUUAUUGCAUAUACGAAUUAA